CAUGUUUCACUCCUUCCGCCCAUCCCGAUGCGCGCUGCCAUUUCGACGGUCCAGCGUCGUCCAAGGAACCCCAAAACACUGCUGGACUCGCGCCUACUCGUCCACGGCGCCGAUGGCCUCGUGGUCGCGCGUCCCGAAAUAUCGCGCGCCGCCUCCGCCGUUGUACCUGACGAGCCCGGACGUCAAGUACUGCCGCACGUGCGGACGGGUGGUCAGCGAGCGGAGAAGCCACAAGCGUCAGGCGACGGAAGCGAAAUACUGCUCGGCGACGUGUCGAAGCCAGAGACCCGGGGCGAGAGACCGCAGGGCAGAGGCUGCGUUCGCGGCGCUGUUGAACGGCGAACGCAGGUUUGACGGCGAGGCUGUGCCGCAGUAUAUGCUGGAGCUCUGCGCUAGCGUCGGUUCGAGGAACGAGAGCGGGCUCGUGGUUCCCUGCUCAGCCGUGGAAUGUCUGAUGUUCGGCGCGCGACGGGAAUCGGUUCGGGAACGCGGCCAUCGUGUUGGAAGAGACGGGGCCGCAGAGGACGCAAAUGAUGAGAGCAAAGGGAGCGCUCAAGACGAAGAAGGAGAGCGGCGCAGGCGAGAAGGACAGCGUGUUGCGGACGAGAGAGAGCUUGUCAAACGGGCCGCAAGACGUGCGUGCGUGUUCGGAUUGAAGGGGACAGAUGGCGAGCAGGAGGCGACGAGGAUGUGCGAGGCGAUCAUGAAUGGGAGCGUUGUUGAACCAAGCUUUGCCAAAGGAGAUUGGGGUAUCAGAUGGAGAACGUAGCACAGGUGCACUCUUCAAUUCGAAACGCUAUAUAGAGGUAGCCCGUGUAAGGCCCUCCUAUCCAGAUGAAUGAAGC